ACUCCUGCAUAUGUGGCUCUGUAUGUGUCUGCCGUGGCUGCUGUGGUCGUGACCGUGUGUGGCAACCUGCUUGUCAUCAUGUCAGUGUGCCACUUCAAGCAGCUGCACACACCGACUAACGUCCUUCUUGUCUACCUGGCCAUCACUGAUUUUUUCGUAGGGGUGUUUGUGAUGCCAAUGCAGUUCAUCUGGCUCAUAGAGUCAUGUUGGUUUUUCGGGGCAGUGGCUUGUGCUUUUUUCAACUUUGUUUCGUUUCAUUUGACAUGCGCGUCGGUGCACAUUGUGGCCCUCAUCGCCGUGGACCGGUGCAUGGCACUGAGCGACCCUUUCUUCUACUCCAAGAAAAUCACUGUGAACCUGAUCCUUAUUAUUGCCACGGUCGAGUGGCUCUUCUCUAUGGCCUACAAUUUCGCCCUGUUGUACUGCAACGGUUUCUUCACCGAUGCCCUGACUCUAUGUCCUUACACCUGCCUCAUUGCUGUCGAUGAAAUAUGGUCUUGGGUUGACUUUGUCAUUGUGUUUGUGCUGCCCUGCUCAGUCAUGUUUGUGCUGUACCUGAUCAUCUUUGGCAUUGCUAGAAAGCAUGCUACUGCCAUCAGGGCAGCUGCUAACGCACAGGGCAAUCCAAACAACAGACAGACGAGUCACAACGUCCCCAAACGAUCUGAGAGAAAAGCUGCCAAGGUGCUCGGAAUACUCGUGUCGGUGUUCUUGUUGUGUGUCGUUCCAUACUACAUAGCCAGCGUUAUUCCAGGGAGCAUUAGCCCUAAAAUAUUUGAGGAAGUCCUGAACAUCACGUCUGCCCUGCUGUACCUGAAUUCUUUGUUCAAUCCUAUUAUUUACGCCUUGUUCUAUCCGUGGUUUCAAAAGUGCAUGAAAAUCAUUUUCAGUUGUCAGAUAUGCAGCCCUGCAUCCUCACUGAUGCAUGUGAAGGGAUAA